CUCUCUCUCUCUCUUACACACAAAGCCAACUGGCAAUUUUGGUUGGAUCACAUACAGAUAAACUAAAGGGGCAAACGGAUAGAGCAAAUGACAAAACUAGUCUAGGAUUUGAGUCUGAUUCGUUUGGUUGUUUCUUGCUCUACUCCUUCUCUUCUAUUUAAAUAGACAAGACCUUGUAUGAGAGAGUGUGUGUGCAAUCUCAUUUUUUUUUUUUUUUUUUUUUUAUCUACCAUAGAUUUAAGUAGCCUGUAUAAAAAUUCCUUCUUGUUUGUUUAAAGAUAGUGGUGUGGUGAGAAUAUGAAUCUAUCAUCUUCACAGUUUAGUAGUGGGUGUGAAUCUGGUUGGACUUCGUACUUAGAUCAAUCCUUUCAUUCAAAAAAUGAAUGUUAUAGUUUUGGUGGGAAUGUUGAUGAAGAGUAUGCGCAAACGGGAGCAAGAAUCGACCAUGACGAAGAAGAAGACUUAUCCAUGGUUUCUGAUGCAUCUUCGGGGCCUCGUCAUUGUGGUAAAGAUGAAGAUUGCUUUGAUGAAAAUGGUUGUUUCUGUUCUCCCCCUUCAGCUUCUGAACUGGCCCGGAAGAACAAAAAGAAACACAAGAUCAAACAACAUGGUAAAAAUCAACACCAUUCACACCAUGAUGACACUGCUAGCUCCCCCUUUUCCAAGAAGAAUAUCACUGUCUCCAAGAAUGAAGCUUCAAUGGACCAUAUCUUGGAUUUUUCACAAGGAUUCUCAGCAACACAUUUAAAGGGAAAAUCAACAUUCAAAAAGCAUUUUGAUUUCUUCAAGUCCUCUCUGGCUGAAAAACCAGCUUCAGGAAAAAGGGAUUAGUUGCUUUUAUACUGUACUUUUUAAUUACAAGCAGCUUUCAGGAAAGAAAGUGGGAAAAGGAGAAGGGCAAUUAUACAUAAUUGUUUUGUCUGACUGCUACAAUUUCUCUGAGAUAAGAGAAUUUGGGAGGCAUGUAAAAAGAUAAAAGCCUUAGAUCUCAAAGGGAUCUUGUAUCGUCCUUUUUAUUUUUGUUUUUUUUAUUUCAAUUCUACUCCUUUUAAUGUGUUCCUGAAUCCUGUCAAUACUGCGGGAAACAAGAUGAAACAUAAAAUAUAAAUAUAUCUUUGGGUCUGAGUAUAUA